CGUUUCCCCUGGGCUGGGCCGGGCCGUCCGGCUGCAGCUCCCAGACGGAAGCGGAAGCACCAGGCCAGGCGGCAGCGGUGUGAGCGGGUGGUUCGUGGUCGGCAGCGCGGGGGUGAGUAAGAACGCGACUCCUCUGUGAAUUUGUGCUAAAUCAGGCAAAAAUGUCUGUAGCAUGUGACUUCGUUGCACUCUACACUGGGCAGAAGAUGCCUCUCGUGGGACUGGGAACUUGGAAAAGCGACCGUGGCCAAGUGAAAGAAGCAGUGAAAUAUGCCCUAAGUGUGGGUUAUCGCCACAUUGAUUGUGCAGCAGUUUACAGCAAUGAAGCAGAGAUCGGUGAUGCUUUCCAGGAAUGCCUUGGGCCCAACAAGGUUAUUAAAAGGGAGGACCUGUUUGUAACAUCAAAGCUCUGGAAUACCAAGCACCACCCGGAAGACGUAGAACCAGCGCUAAGGAAAACACUUGGAGAUUUGAAACUGGAUUACCUGGAUCUGUACCUCAUGCACUGGCCUCACGCCUUUGAACGAGGAGACAAUCUCUUCCCAAAGAAUCCUGAUAACACGAUGCGUUAUGAUUACACUGAUUACAAGGAUACCUGGAAGGCUAUGGAGAAGCUGGUAGAAAAAGGUCUCGUAAAAGCCAUUGGGCUAUCAAACUUCAACAGCUGUCAGAUUGAUGAUGUACUGAGUGUGGCUACUGUCAAACCAGCUGUGCUCCAGGUAGAAUGUCAUCCUUACCUAGCUCAGAAUGAGCUGAUAGCUCACUGCCAGAAACAAGGACUGGUUGUCACUGCCUACAGUCCCCUCGGUUCUCCAGAUCGCAUGUGGAAACACCCAGAUGAGCCUGUGCUUCUAGAAGAACCUGGGAUCAAAAAACUGGCAGAAAAAUAUAGCAGGUCACCUGCACAGAUCAUCCUCAGGUGGCAAGUGCAGCGUAAAGUGGUUGCCAUUCCCAAGAGUGUCACUCCGUCUCGCAUUCAGCAGAAUCUCCAGGUGUUUGAUUUCAGCCUCACAGACGAGGAGAUGAGCCACAUUGGAAGCCUGAAUAAAAACUGGCGUUACAUUGUGCCAAUGAUUACGGUGAAUGGAAAGCUAGUAGCAAGAGAUGCGGGACACCCCUAUUACCCCUUCAAUGACUCCUAUUAACUGUUAGAAAAUAAGGUGUUAGAGUAACAUGCUCCUCUGCGUGCCCUUCCACAAAAUCAUUGUUGCCACACUUUGUCAAAAAACCCUGUCCAAAUGAAACCUUCCUUCCUGAGUAGGUUUACUUACAAAGUACUGCUUCUAAUUGACUCCUUUCUAGAGAUACUGUAGCUUCCAUGUCAAAGCUUGUGGAUUAUUAUGACGACUGCAAGCUUGCUCCUGGAAGCAUCAAAUCUUUUGGGGAUUAGAUAAUGAGUGGGGGAGUCUAAAUCAAGUUCCAAACAUGUUCUUAUCAGGCUAGGGCAAUACUUUGGGUUUACUGCCUGUGAAACAGUUUUGAAAGCUUUAGUUAUUACCAUGAGGGGGGGGGAAAAAAAAAAAAGUGAAAGCAUGAAAGCAUUUUAAGACUAAACAACUUCUCAGCUAUCAACUUUAUUAAUAUUUUUAUACUGGGCAUAAAGUAAAAUGUGCUACAGUUGCACUAUGUCCAUAAACCAUUCAUUAAAACCCAAGUAACCAGCCAUGUCCAGUGCUUUUUAUCCAAUAUAGAGUACUUGUGGGACUUAGAAUUAUCUAUUUUCUUUUUCUUUUAAUUUGCCUGUAAAUUUGAGGAGAAUAAAUGCAUACCCUGGAGCAGGCCUUCAGGGCAAUCCUUGCUGUUGCUUGUCACAUGGAUAGGUUUCAGCUCUGAUCGUCCUAUCACAAAAGCCUCAAACUUUUUAGCAAGUCUUGUAGAAAAACAUCCUCCUUUUCCCGUAAAGUUGUCCAGUGUCUCUUUACCAAAGAUGUCCAGUUUGAGUUCUGGAAGAUCACAAAAUUAGUGCCUGGCUAUACAGUAAGAGUAAAGACUUGUCAGAGGGCUCCUUCCAUUUUAAUGUUGCAUUUUUGACUGCUGCCUGGGUUGGUCCUUGAGAGAGCUGGUCCCAUCUUUGGUUCUACUGCUGACCUGCUGGUAGCGCUGGGCAAGUGAUUUGCCUUUCUGUGCCUCUGUUUUCCCACUUGCAGUGUUUCUGUGUUAUUCACUGGCAGGGACUGAUGUGCUGAUACACUGUUGAGCCGAACUGAAACUCUAGCUCUAACUACGGUUUUAUUUUGUUGCAGUCUCUUAAUAGUUUAGCCAUCUGAGUACAAAGGGCGCAAGGUGAUAGCACCUACCAGUGCUCUGAUGGUGAUACCUUCUGUGGCCUUAGCAAUGUUAAUGCUUUAUUUUAAAUUUCCCUACUUGUAAAAUAGGAUUAAUGCUCUCUUGCCUUGGUGCAGACGGGUAGUAAGGCAGAGUUUCUAAAGGCCUCUGGGAUUUAAAACAAAGGAACUCUUUCAGAUCUGUUGAUGCCUUUCAGAGACAGCCAUAGGCAUGACUCCUCGUUUGCUGCUGGAUAAAGAAAGUUUAACUAAGUGAAAUAAAGAACACUUACUUUUCACUUUUCCCAUAGCAAUAACAAACAUAAAUUAGAAAAAUAAUCCUCUGUAUUCAAAUAGUUCAAAGAUUAAAGAAUUAGAUUAUUUUAGUUUUGAUAACCUCAUUUACAGUAGGCCUAUAGUAAAACUAUAUACUCAUCUCAAGCGUAAUGCCUCCUCAACUGUUUCCUGCCCUGGGCCACGCAGCCGAACUGGAACAAAUCUGUUUAUCACUUUUUGUAAUCCUUAUGUAAAAUUGAAAGAAUUUCUGUUCCUCAGUAAAGUGUUUCCUAACUCCUGCUGAAUUUAUGUCAGUGGAGAAAGCCAUUAGAGCCCAGUCAGGAUUAUUUACUAGACUGGAUUUUUUUUUUCUAAGGGAAAUGAAAUCCAUGUUGGUUUUUAAUUAUCCUAAUCAAACAUGGGUGACUGAAUACAGUUCUCAUUGCAAAUCAGUAAGGAAGCAAUUUUACUUCGAAGGCACUACAUAUAAUGUUAACAGCAAUCAUCCUGCCAAGAAAAACUGCUUUUGUUGUAUGUAUUUUCACUUGUAGGUUUGCAUGUCUUAAAUAAACACUGUACUACUCUGUGUAUGA